CGAGCACGGGCUAGGGAGUCUGGCUGCGGCCGCCGGUGCGCGGUGCGCGGUGCGCGGGCCGCGGGUGGGGGGGGCCUUGAGGAGGGGGGCCGGUGUCGGGAGAGGGAGGAGCCUGCACCGGGAGGCGGGCCAGGCAGCAGGAGGGAGCGGGAAUGAGCGGGGAAGGGGCCAGACUGACUCCGGUGCGCUCCCACGGCCUGCCUGCUUCGGGGUUUUGCGGGGCAGACGCGUGGUUUCGCCGCCGGCAGCCGUGUGCCUACUGCUCGGGGUGUCCGGUGACGCACAGCCCGGGGAGGGGCUGGGCCGCCCGAUGCCCCCACCACUCCAGCCCGCGGCGACCGGCCUUGAGCGCCCACACACUCCCCUCCGCCUACACCUGUGCCUUCACUGUCCUGGGAGUGGCCCUGUGCUGGGAACCUGCUUCUCCCAGCCGUGUCCCCAUCUUAAAGCGGUAGCCUUUCAACCCCGGCCAAGCACCCUCCCACAGAAUUUCUGUCGGACAUUUACUCCCCGUUUCGGAGUCAGUUGGCGCAGGGGUGCUGAGGCUCCGUUUGGGGCACCUGUGAACAUUGAAUCACCUCUCACUUUAUUACAGUUGCUGUAAUUUCCUGCCCCCAUCAGCAAAAGCAAAUCACCCUACUUUGUGGAGGGAAAGAGGAUCCCAGAGGCCGACCAUCAGGGCUUCCUUCCCGCAGUGCUGACCCCUGCUUGGGCCUGGGUUUUCGUGGGUGGCUGUGAGCACCGGGCCUGGCCCGAGUCCUGUGCAUCUGAGGUUGGCCAGCUUCCUUUACUGUGGUGUCGUGGAUUUCUCCAAGCCUCGGGUCAGGCAGGGCUGGGUUUGGGAUGGGUCCUGGGCCUUCAGGGAAGGUGGUCAGUCACACAGGCCUUGGUGUGGUUGGUACUUGAUGUUCUUUGGAGCUAAGAGUGGCUGAGAUUUGUACUUCCCUUGAGGAAUUCUGGGAUUCGUAGUCCUAAGUUAACCUCGUGGCUUUUGAAGCUGAGGAGCAGCUGACUGCUCUGAUCCCUCUGGCCCUGCCAAGGCUUGGAGUUCAGGAAGCCAUCACCUCCUCUAGUCAGGGCAUUUCUGGGGACCACCAGCUGGCUGAGGCUCAGGGACAGAGACGGCUGCUCCAGCUAAAGGCGCAGGUUCCAAAUGGGGAGGGGACUGGCUCAGCAUCCGGAGCCAAAACAGGAAUAGAACUGGGAGCAGAGCCUGGAGCGGUUCUAGGCUUUUGGUUCUCUGCAUCAACACAGCCAGCAUGCCUAUGAUUUCUGUGCUGGGCAAAAUGUUUCUGUGGCAGCGUGAAGGGCCUGGAGGACGAUGGACUUGUCAGACAAGUCGCAGAGUGUCCUCGGACCCUGCGUGGGCUGUGGAGUGGAUUGAACUUCCUCGGGGUCUCUCUCUCUCCUCCUUGGGAUCUGCUCGGACCCUCCGAGGCUGGAGCCGGUCCUCCCGCCCUUCCUCGGUGGACAGCCAGGACUUGCCAGAGGUGAAUGUUGGAGACACAGUCGCGAUGCUGCCCAAGUCCCGGAGAGCCCUAACUAUCCAGGAGAUCGCUGCGCUGGCCAGGUCUUCCCUGCAUGGUAUUUCCCAGGUGGUGAAGGACCACGUGACCAAGCCCACCGCCAUGGCCCAGGGCCGAGUGGCUCACCUGAUUGAGUGGAAGGGCUGGAGCAAGCCGAGUGACUCGCCUGCUGCCCUGGAGUCGGCCUUUUCCUCCUAUUCGGACCUCAGCGAGGGCGAACAAGAGGCUCGCUUUGCAGCAGGAGUAGCUGAGCAGUUUGCCAUCGCAGAAGCCAAGCUCCGGGCAUGGUCUUCGGUGGACGGCGAGGACUCCACUGAUGACUCCUAUGAUGAGGACUUUGCUGGGGGAACUGACUCAGACCUCGCUGGGCAGCUGCCCCUGGGGCCGCACCUCCAGGACCUGUUCACCGGCCACCGGUUCUCCCGGCCUGUGCGCCAGGGCUCCGUGGAGCCUGAGAGCGACUGCUCGCAGACCGUGUCCCCAGACACCCUGUGCUCUAGCCUGUGCAGCCUGGAGGAUGGGUUGUUGGGCUCCCCGGCCCGCCUGGCCUCCCAGCUGCUGGGCGAUGAGCUGCUUCUCGCCAAACUGCCCCCCAGCCGGGAAAGUGCCUUCCGCAGCCUGGGCCCCUUGGAGGCCCAGGACUCCCUCUACAACUCACCCCUCACGGAGUCCUGCCUUUCCCCCGCGGAGGAGGAGCCAGCCCCCUGCAAGGACUGCCAGCCGCUCUGCCCACCACUAGCAGGCAGUUGGGAGCGGCAGCGGCAAGCCUCUGAUGUGGCCUCUUCCGGGGUGGUGUCCUUAGAUGAGGACGAGGCAGAGCCGGAGGAACAGUGACCCGCCUCGUGCCUGGUGGCAUGCAUCCCCUGGCUGCUGCUAGGGGCUGAGCCUCUGUGCCCACGUGUGGGCUCCAGGCUCCCAGCAGAGCUCCGCAGCCUCGAGGGCUCCUGGGAGCGCUCGCUUCUCCGUUGUGUGUUUUGCAUGAAAGUGUCUGGAGAGGGCGCAGGGGCUGGGCUGGGCUGGGGGCGCAUGUCCUGCCCUCACUCCUGGGCUUGCCGGGGGUUGCCCGGGGCCUCGGGGGCAUGGCUAGAGCUGUGGCAGGCAGUGAUGUUCAUGUUCUUAAAUCCAAAUGCCACACGCACAUUUCCUCCUCGGAUGAUGUGAACCGCUAAGGGGGUGGUUGUGACUGGGCUGUGUGGGGGUGCGGAGGGAGGGGGCCCAGCCACCCCCCACCCUCCCUACGCCUCUUUCUUCUCUGCUUUUCUCCUCACCUCCGAGUCCAUGUGCAGUGCUUGAUAGACUCACCCUCCUGGGGGGCUGGCUCCUGCCCUGCCGGAGCCUCUGGCUGAGCCAUCCCCCAGGCCCCUGCCCAGCUGGGCUCGUGCUGUGCUUCACCUCUCCAGCGUCUCUAAAUCUUCCUCUUUUUUCCUAAAGACAGAAGGUUUUUGGUCUGUUCUUUCAGUCGGAUCUUCUCUUCUCUGGGAGGCUUUGGAAUGAUGAAAGCAUGUACCGGCCACCCUUUUCCUGGCCCCCUAGUGGGGCCUGGGCCCUUUCCCAACCCCUUCUCGGAUGUGCGGGCAGUAUCCUGGAGCCUCCCAGCCAGCCGGGCUGCCCAUGUUCACGCAGAGUUCUCCGAGCGAGCAGGCGAGAGGUGGAAGAAAGACUGGCUCUGGUUGCCACAGAGCUGGGACUUCCAUGUUCUUCUAGAGAGGGCCACAAGAGGGCCACAGGGGUGGCUGGGAGUUGUCAGCUGAUGCCUGCUGAGGGGCAGGAAUUGUGCCAGUGAGUGGCAGCCAUGGGGGAGUGUUUCUCCUUGGGGAGGGAAGAGGGUAGAGCCUUUCUUGUCUGAAUGAAAGGCCAGGGCCCCGCCCCAGCCAGGCUGUUCGUAAGCACACAGUGGAGACUCUGGCAGAUCCUGCAUUCCAAGGUCACUGGACUCUAGCUUUUCAUGGCUGUGGGGUGGUGCCUUGUAGGCUUUGUCAGGUAAGAGGGCCCAAGGUAAGAACGAGAGCCAGCGGGCACACGCAUUCUAUAUAUAAGUGGCUCAUUAGGUGUUUAUUUUGUUCUAUUUAAUAAUUUGUUUUAUUAAAUUAAUAUAAAAAUCUUUGUAAAUCUCUA